UAGGGGAACAUUAAUUUUGUGAUCGUUUUAAAAAUAUUGUGAUCUUAUCUUAUGUUAUAAAGUGACUAUAGUACUUUGAACAGAACACGUUAUGUGAUAUAAACAUACACAACAAAUCUAUUUAUUGAUUGAGCUAUAAUAGGAACCUGUAUUUCCCCCGGCUAUGUGUAUUGGAUCAUAUUUCUACUGAUAUGUCGCUUUACUAUACAUACAUACAUGCCGGCAUGACGGAAUACACUACAAAUGACAAUGUGUAUCUAGGAUGCUGACCAUGUCAUCGUUAAUUACAAAUAAUGACAUUCAGCCGGAUUAAAUCAAAUCACGCUUUGUUUUGGGAUUUUUAAAUACAGCCUAACCGAAACUGGAUUUAAUUCAAAUUAAUAUUGAUUUCUAAAUACUGAUUUCAAAAAAGAUUCUGGAGACGUAUAGUUUCCGAGACGACCCGAUGUCGCCCCGGGGUGGGGAACGACUUUUCUGUGCAGUCAGAUGGUCGGGCUGAUGUCCGUUUGGAAAUUGAUUUUUCUGAUUUUAUGGUCAAUUGGAUUUCUUAUAUUUACAUCUUGUGUCAAGGCUCCAACAUAUGAAUUUGACCUUCAGCUUUACCAGGUGGAUGAAACUUUGUUAGAAUGUCCAACAGGCUGGCUUAAAUUCAGGAAUCAGUGUUAUUAUAUAGUUCAAGAAGAAGCUACAUUUCAACAAGCUGACAUACUAUGUAAAAGGUAUGGAGGUCACUUGGUGAAGACAGAUGGGUACAAUAGUAAUCAAGGAAUUGGGAAGCUAAUUAGUAACCACAAUAUUAGUAAUGUGUGGAUUGGUUUACAAAGAAAGAAAUCUGGUAAAUUUUGGUGGUCCAAUGGGCAGCUAGCAGAGGCUGCUGAUGGGUUCUGGACAACCCAGCUACCCAUCCAAUCUACUGAAUAUGAUCUGUGUACUGUUAUGACAACAACUUUAACUGACAAUGGAGAAUAUCGUUGGACACUAAGUAAUUGUGAUAUAGGUUAUAGCUCUGUGUGUCAGACAUCAGCGUGUGUUGCAGGACAAUUCCGCUGUGCCGAUGGAAGUGGAUGUAUCAGUAGGUCAUGGAUUUGUGAUGGGAUUCAUCAGUGUUCAGAUAGAUCAGAUGAGCUGAUGUGUCCAGGUAGCUGUGGGGGUCACCUUCAGGGAAUAUUACAGACAUUCCAUUCACCUCAUUAUCCUCAAACAUAUCCUAAAUAUUCAUCAUGUAUAUGGAGGCUAGAAACUCCUGUAGGAACUAGAGUUCAUUUAAAGUUUGAAUCAUUUACAGUAGAAACAUUGUAUGAUAAAGUCAUAAUUCAUGAUGGCAGCUCGGAGAAGGAUCCGCUGGUAGGGACUUAUUCUGGAACUGACAAACCAAGUGUGCCAUAUUCAUCGUCCAAUUUUUAUCUAGUCAUAUUUCAAUCAGACCAGGACAAUCAAAUGUCUGGAUUUAAUGCAUCAUUUUCUGCAGUGCCGAUGGACAAAUGUGGAAGUGUAAUGAUUGCGUCUAGUAUAUCACAGUGGUUUGGAUCUUCAAACUUUCCUAAUUCCUAUCCCAACAAUAUACUGUGUGAAUGGAUCAUCAAGACAGGCAACUCAGUGGACCUCAUAUCAUUACAGUUUCACAGUUUUUCCUUAGAUACCUCAGAUUUUAUAGAGAUCAGACAAGGGGAAUCAAUUGACUCGCCAUUAUAUGGACGCUUUACCGGUGAUGAUAUACCUCCAGUAUUUAUUAGUACUAGUCACAGUUUUUUUAUCAGGCUAUAUACAGACUUCACCCAUACUGGUACUGGCUUUAAUGCAACAUAUAAAACAGGUUGUAAUAAUACAAUACUUCAAGGUUAUGCCAGAAUUAUGUCCCCUGGAUAUGGUAUUACCAAGUACCCAAACAGCAUAAACUGUGAUUGGACAAUCAGUGAUCCUCUACAAAGAAAUUUAUCUCUGGUUUUCAAUAAUAAUUUUGAUACAGAGAAAGGAUUUGAUAAUGUUACAGUUUAUACAAACAAUCAUACCUCCUAUACACAUGCAGGUCAGGGUGCUCCACCAGCCAUUACAACUCAGUCAGAGCAUUUCCAUGUUAACUUUAGUUCAGAUAGUCAAGUUAACAGGAAUGGCUGGGCCAUCACUGUGUCAUUUGAUUGUCCUACAUUAAAUUUAAGUGAUCAUCUACAAACUAAUUCAUCAAUUACAACAUUUGGUACAUAUGUACUGUUUUACUGUGAUAAUGGUUACCAGUUAGCUGGUACCAGUGUGCUUAUCUGUGAUAUUGGGGGAAGAUGGUCAACAUCUCCCCCUACUUGUAAAGUUAUGAAUUGUGGAUCACCUUCCAUACCAGUUGAUACCAAACUGGUUAGUGUGAGUUCCACAUCUUACCUUGGAAGAGCUGUAUAUAAAUGUAAUUCAGGGUAUAAAAUGUCUACCAAUGAUACCAGUAUAUGUCAGAGUAAUAGACAAUGGACAACACUAUAUUGUACAGAAAUUAGUUGUCCUAAGCUAGAUAUGACAGAGAAAUUAAUGUUAAAAUUCACCACAUCAGAAUCUCACUAUGUGUAUGGAGAUAUUGUAAUCUACGACUGUGAUAGUAACUACAGACUUAUAGGAGCUUCUAUGGUUUACUGUACAGAAAAUGGAAGUUGGUCAAAACCUACACCAUCUUGUAAACCACCUGUUUGUCCACCAGUGUAUAUACGGAAUGGUUACACUAAUGCUACAAGUAUUGUGAUGGGAGGGGACUUUAUGCAGGUGGACUGUAACAGUGGAUAUUCACUUACAGGCAACUCAAUUGUGUUCUGUGAUCUCAAUGGUGUAUAUACAGCAAUGCCAUACUGCAGUGAUAUAAAUGAAUGUGAAACAGGAAAUGUGUGUGGUGGUCACACUUGUCAGAAUACACCUGGAUCCUAUAGAUGUGUGUGUAAUCGUGGAUAUCAGAACCCACCAAACAGUUAUACUGUGUGCAAAGAUACAGAUGAGUGCAGUUCAUUUCCAUGCACAGGUAUAUGUGAAAACUUAAAUGGUAAAUACAGGUGUAACUGUAACCCACCACAGGAACUCUACACAGAAAAUAUAAUCAGAAUUGUCAAAAGAAAAGUACUCAGACCAAAUAGUACUUGUAUAGCUGUUUGUCCAAGCUUUAAUAUCAGCAAUGGUGGAGUUAUUGUAGCUGAUACUGUUCCCCUGUCUUCUGGUAACUACAUAGCCCCCACAACAGUUAAGAUACACUGUCCUCGGGGAACAGUACCAGACGGAUCAGUUGUUGUAGAAUGUCAACUGGAUGGAACAUGGAACAAUACUGUGACAAAGUGUAUAAAUCAUGAAUGUGAACGGUUGCUUGCCCCUGAUAACGGUGGAAUUUUUUAUUUAAAUGGGACCAGGGGCUAUAACUCUGUUGUACAGUAUUCAUGUAAAGAAGGAUAUGAAUUAUCUGGAGUUCAGUACAGAUUUUGUCAGCCUGUUAAUGAUACAAAACAGUUUGAAUGGACUGGAAUAGAACCUGUGUGCAAAGAACUCAAGUGCCCAGCAUUGCCAGAUCCAGCUAAUGGUCAAGCAAUGUAUGGCUCAACAAUUGUUGGUUCAAUAUUACAGUAUUCUUGUAACUGUGGAUAUCAUCUGAUUGGGUCAAAAGUCAGGAAAUGUCAGCCUGGUGGAUUAUGGGAUGGAAGAAAUGCAAUUUGUGCUCCAUCAACUGUAUGCCAGUCUCCAGCAAGCUCUGGUUUAAUAGUCAUGUCCAAUGUAUCACCAUUCUAUACAGUGGGGACAGAAGUUAGUUUCCAGUGCAAGAAACCUGGAUAUGAAAUAGCUGAUACAACACCGAUAAAAUGUGUCCUAGAAAGGCCAACAGAGAACAAACGACCUCAGUAUAACCUUAUGUUUGUGAUGAAGUUUCUGACACCUGGUAACUUUAACAAGUCAUGUGACAGUCACUAUGUUAAUGAAACUGUUGAAAUGUUCAAAGAUUUAGUGGAACAGACUUGUAAAGAUCCAUACAGACCAUUAACAACGAUUAAAACACUUGUUACUAGUGGUGAUAUUCUACAAAUAGAUCUGACCAUACAACUAUCAGAACCAAGGGAAGGUUCCUUUGACUUGGUGUGUAACUGUAGCACUGCUUUAAAUGAUAUUGUCAGCACAGGACUCAUACAGAACAACAUCAACAAUGUCACAUUCAAUGGUUCAGAAGAUACCAACUGUCCUACUGUCAGACUGAGAGCUGCAGACAGAGAUAAUAUCACCAGUACCAGUAAUUGGUCAUGUGAUGAAGGUUAUGACCUUGUACAUCACAAUGAAAUUUGUGUCAAAGACCCUAAACCUACCUGUGUAAAAUCUACAGACUGUCCAAAUGUAUAUGUUCCACCAACUUCAACACCAAGUACGACCAGAAUAACACCUACAUUGUCACCUGAAACAACAACACAGUGGAACUUUCCUAUCUCUCCUGUCAACCAAACUACUAACGAACUUCAAAGGUCAACUGCAAUUAGUACAGCAAGGUCACCCUUAGAAACUUUUACAAUGACACAAACUGCUGAGAUCACUACAGUAUCGGAAACUGAUGGUAAAAUAGAGACAACUAAAUUAACAUCUGUUGUACAAGAUACAACACAUAGAACACCAACUGUUCCAGGUGUAUCUGAAGUAACAUCUACAGAAUCGUCUAUCGUAGAUAAAACAGAAGUCACAACUGCCAUAAUUAGGACAACACAAAUGACACCAACAAUUCCUGUUGUUUCGAAAAUACCAUCUACAGAACCAUCCAUCUUAAAUAAAACAGAAUUGACAACUGCCAAUAUCAGAACAACACAGAAAACAGCAACACCCAAAGUAACUACUGAACAGCAAACAUCAGAUCAUCAUAUAACUGCUAGGAAUACAACAGACAACUCUACUCAGUUAUACAGUACAGCCAAACCUGUUGAGAAUACUCAACAUGCAUUACGCUCCACAGAGCCUUCUGAUGUAGUUACAACUCAAAAGCCCAUCACAGAUCCUUCUGAAACAACAAAAAUGUUAGUCACAACUUCUUCUGAGUCAGUAACAACACAAAAGUCAGUCACAAAUCCUUCUGAGUCAUUGACAACACUAAAAUCAGCCACAGAGCCUUCAAAGUCAGUAACAACACAUAAGUCAGUCACAGAUCCUUCUGAGUCUUUGAUAACACAAAAAUCAGCCACAGAGCCUUCUGGAUUGGUAACAACACAAAAGUCAGUCACAGAAUUGUUUUCUGAAAAUAUGACUACUGUAGUAAAUUCAACAGAAAAAUUUCAAACUUUAUCACAAGCAACAUAUAAUAAUUCAGAUUACACAACUCAAGAGUACAAUGAAACUAACCCAGCAACCCAUCAACCUACACCAACAAUACCUCAGAGCUUCACCACUGAUAUACCAGAAAAUACAACCGUUAAUGAAGUAACAGCCAGAGCAACAGAUGAUAAAAUGACAUCUCCAUAUAAUAAUAUCACCAAGAGAGAGGAUAUUGGCACCACCUCUGCUGGAAGAAAAAUAUUUACAGAUGCCACUAUAAAUACAACACAAGUUCCAACUCAAACACAAGAUAAUAUAACAGUAAGAGAAAUCCAGACACCAACUCAAAUACAAGAUAACACCACUGAACAAGUUUCUGUUACACAGACUGAACUACAAGAUAACACAACAGUAACAGCUCCUGUCACACAAACACAACUACAAGAUAACACAACCAGUAAUUCACAGCUAACAACCCAACCAUCUAUAACUAUGGAAAACAAGACAGAGAAUGUAAUGACAACAGAAAAAACAACACAAUCAAUGACAGAAACUGUCUCUGAAGUUACUACACAGGCAGGAACUACUACCAUGUCUCAAAAUAACACUGAAUUACAAGUGUCACAGGCAGUCACUGAAAUGGUAACUAAUGCAAAAACCACAGCUGACCUACAACCAAAUACAGUCAAAACUACAGCUGACCAACAACCAACUACAGUCAAAACUACAGCCAACCAACCAAAUACAUACAAGACUACAGCUGACCAACAAAUUACUACAGCUAAAAUUACAGCUGAACAACAACCAACUACAGUCAAAAGUACAGCUGACCAACAACUUACUACAGUCAAAACUACAGCCAACCAACCAAAUACAGACAAGACUACAGCUGACCAACAAAUUACUACAAUAAAAACAACAGCUGACCAACAAUUAACUACAGUCAAAAGUACAGCUGACCAACAAUUAACUACAGUCAAAACUACAGCCAACCAACCAAAAACAGACAAAACUACAGCUGACCAACAAUUAACUACAGUCAAAACUACAGCAAACCAACCAAAAUCAGACAAAACUACAGCUGACCAACAACCAACAACAGUCAAAACUACAGCUGACCAACAACCUACUUCAGUUAAAACUACAGCUGACCAACAACCAACUACAGUCAAAACUACACCUGACCAACAACUUACUACAGUCAAAACUACAGCCACACAACCAAAUACAGUCAAAACAACACCUGACCAACAACCAACUACAGUCAAAACUACACCUGACCAACAACCAACUACAGUCAAAACUACAACUAGCCAACCAAAUACAGUGAAAACAACAGCUGAUCCUGAGAUCACAACACAGGUUCUGACUACCCCUGGUAUAACAAUUCCUACAACUACUGCACCAAAGUAUGUAAUAGAGAUGACAGCUGUUCUGAUCCCAGCAAAUCUAAGUCAGCCAUGUAAAGCAAAUAUCAACACGGCCAUUUCAGACAUACUCAGUUCCACAGCGGGUGUUAGUAAUUCUCUACAAAACACAAAGACAUGCUCCAAAUAUAACAUCAAAGUUUUCAUUGAAACAGCAAUAAACAUGACAAUAUCUACAGUAAAAGUAACAAAGAAAUACAGUUUGGUUGGACAAACACAAGCCAUUCUGACACCAUGUGGACAGGAUAUUGAUGACAAGCUAUUAUUAGAACUAAGAGAAAGUCUGAGUAAUCUCCCCUCACAGACUAUAUGUCUGCAGUCAUUACAGGAGACAAGCAUCACUGCCAGUCUGUGGAAGUGUAGUGAUGGCUAUGUCAUGGAUAGAUCCGGAGAACUUUGUCAUAUUGUUACUCUGACAACAGACUCUGUUACCAUAGAAACAACUACUGCUGUAGUGUCCACGACAACUGUGCCACCAAAAGUCACGACAGCUGUUAUAACUGUGCCACCAACAACAAUCAGUUCUACAACUACCCCACCAACCACCACCACUAUGAUGAAACCAACCACUCAAGGAACCACACUCCCCCCUACUUCUGCAGCAUUUUACCUGAUACAGGUAGAGGCAGUAUUUACAGGUACUAACUUAACAUGGGAUGGAUGUAUUACUGCUACAAGAACCCAGAUUGAAGAAAAAGUAGAGAGCAUUAGUACGAGUAUCAUAAAAGGUUUAAACAAGGACUGGAAGCAAUGUACUAAACAGUCGGAUAUCGUCCUGUUAUCUCAGACAGGAAAAAUAGCUGUCACCCCAGAUAGACUAAAACUGAAAAUUCAGUAUCCCUCGGUACAUAGGCUUGAACUGACAGCACCAUUUGCCAUCCAGAGUCCAAGUGUAGCUACAAGCAUCGUUACAGAUUGUGCCAGCAAUGGUGUUCAAGGUCAUAUCAAUUCCAAAUUCCAUGGACUGCUGCAAGAAAUAAAUCCAGGAGUCUGUUUUGUCACACUUCAAACUUUUGAGAUUCCAUUCUCCGAUUGGUCUUGUAAUGACAAUUACGAGUAUGAUCCGACCUCAGAGAUUUGUCGAUUGAUUCAGACUACAAAAAGUCAAACUACAACACCUUCACCUUCUAAUACAUUAAUGGCCAGUGACAUCAAAUAUUUUAUUCCUCAUGGUGUACUAUCAUUGUCAAUACAGUUUUCACAUCUAUCCAUUCAGAAUGAAGCUUUUUGUCUGACAGAGUAUAGGAACUUAUUGGUAUCACUAAUGCAGAGUCAGACAUCAUUGUUUAACAAUGGAAACAUGGUUAACGCAAAGAUAUAUUGUGCAGACAUUUAUAUCAGCUUAUAUGGAAUAGACAGUAUGGCCGAGGAUGUAGUAUUGUCGGUGUCACCUGGUAUGUUGAAUGGCCAGGUUGCUGUUAAAUUGUUUGCCACUUCAAGUAGCUUUACCAGUAACGCAAGUUAUAAUUCAUGCAUUGGUUGGAUAGCCUCUAAACUUAUGAAUGUCAGCAGCUAUGCACUGAUUGGUCAAUCCACUCUUCCAUCAUCUAAUGCUACAUUGUGUAGUAAUGUGACAUUGAAUAAUGUUUCUAUUACUAAUGUUGCUUUUGACUGUACUACAGGAUACCAGAAGGCCUUAUAUAAUUCAUACUUCCUAUGUCUUAGAGAUGAUCGUACAAAGUACAUAGCACCUUUACUUUUGUCAUACCAAUGGCACCAACUAAGUAGUAAACCGUGUAUAAACAGUUUGAUGACCAGACUUUCAGCAGAGUCCAUUCCAUUUGUACAACAGUAUGCUAAGCAGCCAUCUUGUCCCUCAGACAUUAUUCUACAGCAGAAUGGUACUGUUACAUCGUCCUUCAGUAGUAAUUAUUCUCAUGGUAAUAUUACCAUAGCUUAUGAACUGAGCAGCCAGACAGAAACUGCAGGAUCAAUUUCAGCAUUUUCAUUGUGUGCAGUUACAAUUCUUCAAGAAGCAAGGACAUACUUUGAACAGAAAUCAUCUGAAAUAUUUAGCUCAGAGAAGGUUAUGGAGUCUUGUGGAUCAACACAGCCAGUAGUAACCAUGCCUGUUGUUAGUGGUCAUUACAUAUGUCCUAGUGAGAAAAUGUGGGACCAGAUCAAAAAUCAAUGUAUCAAUCCAGAAAAUGAUACAGAAAUAAUAAAUGGAACCUUAACUUCAGUAUCUUCAUUUUCUAUCUUGAAAACACAACAAUUUGAAACCACCUCUGAUCAGUCUGUUACAAGUCCCACUAUUAAACAAAAUGAUGUAACAUUAGCCCAAACAACACAAGAUCAACUAAAAAUUACAUCAAACUCAAUAAGUUCUACUGACAAACAAAUCAAGGAAGAAGAAAUAAGUUCAGCACAAACAGUACCAUUCGGAACAACUCUGAAUACAAUAGAAGUAGCAACCACAGGAAAAUCAACUGACACAACACAAACUUUUUAUGGUACAACUGUUAUUACAAAUACCUUACAUAUAAACAAAUUAAUGACAUCAGAGUAUAUCCCUUCAAUACCAUCUACAGCCGUCAUAUCUGUACUAACAACUCCAAUAUCUACAACUGCAACAUCACCAACCACAACUGAAACAUCUGGAACAUCACCAACCACAACAGAAACAACUGUAACAUCACCAACCACAACUGAAACAUCUGUAACAUCACCAACCCCAAUAACUACAACUGUAACAUCACCAACCACAACUGAAACAUCUGUAACAUCACCAACCCAAAUAUCUACAACUGUAACAUCACCAACCACAACUGAAACAACUGUAACAUCACCAACCCCAACUGAAACAUCUGUAACAUCACCAACCACAACUGAAACAUCUGUAACAUCACCAACCACAACUGAAACAUCUGUAACAUCACCAACCACAACUGAAACAUCUGUAACAUCACCAACCCCAAUAUCUACAGCUGUAACAAUACCAACCAAUACUAAAUCACAUGAAACAACACCAAAAACAACUGAAAUAUCAGUAACAAUACCAACACCAAUAUCUACAACUGUAACAACACCAACAACAACUGAGGCAUUUGUAACAUCACCAACCACAACUGAAACAUCUGUUACAUUACCAACCAUAACUGAAGCAUUUGUAACAUCACCAACUACAACUAAAACGCCUGUAAUAACACGAACCACAAAUGAAGCAUUAGUAACAUCACUAAAUACAACUGACACAUUAGUAUCAUCACCAAACACAACUGAAACAGUUGUUACAUCACCAACCACAAUUGAAACAUUUGCAACAUCACCAUCCACAUCUGUAGCAUUUGUAACAUCAACUGAAUCAUUUGAAACGUCACCAACUACAAGUAAAACAUCAGGAACAACAGCAACCACAACUGAAAUAUCUGUAACUACACUAACCACAGCAGAAACGUCUGUAACAACACCAACCCCAAUAUCUACAACUGUAACAUCACCAACCACAACUGAAACGUUUAUAACAUCACCAACCAUAACUGAAAUAUCUGUAACUUCACCAACCACCGCUGAAACGUCUGUAACAUCACCAACCCCAAUAUCUACAACUAUAACAUCACCAACCACAACUGAAACAUAUAUAAGAACCCCAAUCCCAAUAUCUAUAACUUCAACAUCUGUAACAACACCAACAACAACUGAAAUGCCAGUAACAACAUCAACCACAACUGAAACAUAUGUUACAACGCCAACCACAACUGAACCAUCUGUUCCAACACAAAUCACAACUGAAACAUCUUUUCCAACAACAACUGGAACAUAUGCAGCAACGUUAACAACAACUGAAAUAUCUGUAACAACACCAACAACAGCUGAAACAUAUGUGACAACACCAACAACAACUGAAAUAUCUCUAACAACACCAACAACAGCUAAACAAUCUGUAGAAGCACCAACAACAGCUGAAACAUCUCUGGCAACACCAACCACUACUGAAGAUUCUGGAACAACACCAACUACGAGUGAAACAUCUGUAACAACACCAACUACAAGUGAAACAUCUGUAGCAACACCAUCUACAAGUGAAACAUCUGUAGCAAUACCAACUACAAGUGAAACAGCUAUAACAACAUCAACUACAAGUGAAACAUCAAUAGCAACACCAACAACAAGUGAAACAUCUGUAAUAACACCAACAACAAGUGAAACAUCUGUAAUAACACCAACUACGAGUGAAACAUUUGUAACAACACCAACUACAAGUAACACAUUUGUAACAACACCAACUACAAAUGAAACAUCUGUAGCAACACCAACUACAAGUGAAACAUAUGUAGCAACACCAACUACAAGUGAAACAUUUGUAACAACACCAACUACAAGUAACACAUUUGUAACAACACCAACUACAAAUGAAACAUCUGUAGCAACACCAACUACAAGUGAAACAUCUGUAGCAACACCAACUACAAGUGAAACAUUUGUAACAACACCAACUACAAGUGAAACAGCUAUAACAACAUCAACUACAAGUGAAACAUCAAUAGCAACACCAACAACAAGUGAAACAUCUGUAAUAAUACCAACAACAAGUGAAACAUCUGUAAUAACACCAACUACGAGUGAAACAUCUGUAACAACACCAACUACAAGUGAGACAUCUGUAAUAACACCAACAGCAAGUGAAACAUCUGUAAUAAUACCAACCACUACUGAAUUACAUGUGCCAAUAACAACAACUGUAACAUCUGAGGCAAUAACAACUUUAACUAAAAUGUCUAUAACAACACCAACGACAACUACAUCACUUGUUGACACUUCAACAAUAGAACAAGAUGAGGCAACAACAACUAAACAUGUUGACACUGCAACUAUUACACAUGCUGAGGCAACAGCUAAAAUACUUUUUGACACUUCAACCAUAACACUUGAUGAAGCAACAUCUACAGAACUAGUUAAAAUUUCAACAAAAGCAAAAGAUGAUGCAACAACUAUAGAACAUGUUGACACUUCAUCCAAAGCACAAGCUGAGGCAUCAACUUUAAAACAUGAUGACACUUCAACUAUAAGACAUGAUGAUGCAACAACUACAGAACAGGUUGGCACUCCAACAAUAGCACAAGCUGAGGCAACAAUAGUACAAGAUGAGUCAACAAUUACAGAACAUUUUGACAAUUCAACAACAAUACAAAUUGAUGCAACAACUAAGAAAUAUGUUGACACUACAACAAUAGGACAUGUUGAAGUAACUUCUAAUAAACAUGUUAACACUGAAACUAUAGUACAAUUUGAUACAACAACUAUAGAUGUUGACACGUCAACAAUCGCACAAGAUGAUGCAAUAACAGAACAAGUUAGUACUACACCCACAUAUCAAAAUGAUACAGCUACAUUGCAAACAAGUACCCCUUUACAAAUAAAUACAGCUUCUCUUUCAACCUUAAUAACUACAGCCUCACUUUCAACUCAAAAAACUACAACCUCAUUUUCAACACAAAUAACUACAGCCUCACUCUCAACACAAAUAACAACAGAAGAGACUGAUCCUCCAAUUUGUUAUGAAUGCAAUGAGAAAAAGAAUGAUGAGAGUUGUAAUCAGAUCACAAAGCAAUGUCAACAGGGAGAAUCAUGUCAAACUCUGGUUGUGUAUUUCAAGAAGAAAGCUAUCAUAACAAAGAAGUGUGCCAAUUUGUGUGAAGCUAGUCUGGUUGACAUUGCAUGCGACCCUACUGAUUAUGAUACCACAUGUAUUUAUUGUUGUGCUGACAAUUUGUGCAAUACGGAAACGUCUUUCCUUGACUGGCAAGAUGGAAGAAAGAAGAGAAAAAAAAGAUCAACAGUACAUACUGGAAUGAAUAGAUCAAAGAGAUCAGUGGAAGUACUGACAACAACUACAGCAUUCUGGAAUUCAUCAGUCCCUAAUUGUAUAGAUGUAAAGCCACCAGUAUUCCAGAACUGUCCAACAAAAGAUAUCAUAGUCAACAAGGAGCUGUGGGGACCAGUAUUUGUAAACAUAACUCAACCAACAGCAGUAGAUAACUCUGGUAUCAGUCCAAAAAUAACAGUCACACCUGAGGAUUUUAGACAGCCAUAUCUGUUCAGAGAGAAUACCACUGUAACAUUCAGUGCUGAGGAUCAUGCUGGAAAUUCUGAACAGUGUGAAAUCCAUGUUGUAUUGAUAGACAUACAUCCUCUCACGAUCAGAUGUCCUGUAGAUGUUAUCUAUAUCCCAUAUGCUACUAACAACGAUGUGGUCAAUAUAACAUACAGCAGUCUAGGUCUUGUGGCCUCCAGUAGUGCCACACAUAUAACAUACCAGCCACCAAUCGGUACUAGUAUCAAGAUAAAGGAACAUGUAGAGGUCAAGGCUACAGCACAUGGUUCUAAUGGCAACACUGCAUCAUGCAACUUUACUUACGAAGCUACUAGAGAUGACCAGAUUCCAAAGUACAAAAUAACAGUAGUAUAUAGUGCCACCAAUAAGCAGGAUACAAAUCCAGCUGAUUGUCCGAUGAAGUAUGGCACAGAACUCAUUCAUAAAAUACAGAACCUAUCAGUGGCAGAAUGUAAUGACAAAUUUAUGCUCAUGCCAAGUUUUACUGUUCAUCAGGACAAAAUAGUUGUGGAUAUAUCUGUCAUGUUUAUGAAUUUCAAGACAUUGAAUUUUGAUUCCAUGAAACACUGUGGUAAUUUAAAUGCACAAGAGAUGAUAGAUGCUGGAAACCUUACAUUGGCUCCCUCUGGUUGUGAACAGUUAGAACUUAUAUUCAUCGAAGAGGAGACAACUCAGGACUACCUUUGUGAAAGUAAUUUUACAGUCCUCAAUAGAACCAGUAAAUACUGUACAUAUUGCCAUAAAGGCACCUUCAGUAAUCAGACAAGUGGACAAUGUGAAGUUUGCCCAGUAACACAGGACACUUUACCUAUAGAAUGUAUGCCUUGUUCGGAAGAUAGUUCAGUUUGUCUAGAUGUUUGUAAACCAGGAGAAUAUUCCCCAACUGGAUUACAACCCUGCACCAAAUGUUCUGUUGGUACCUACACUGAUACUUACAAUUCUACUAUAUGCCAGUCUUGUCCACCAGGGAAUUCCACCUUAAGUACAGGAACAAACAGUCUACAUUAUUGUAUAGAUGAAUGUCCAAUGGGGAGAUACAGUCAUACAGGUCUUAUUCCAUGUCAGCCAUGUCAAAAGAUGUAUUACACUGAUAAAACAAGGUCCAAGUCAUGUACAGAAUGCCCUCCUGGUCAAGUAACUGCUUCAACAGGAAGUGCUACAGUUAAUCAGUGUUAUGAUCCUAAAGUAUGUUCUAAUGAUAUUUGUAUUAAUGGUACCUGCAUGCCAAUGGACAGUGGAAGACAUUUUGUUUGUGAUUGUUUGCCAGGAUUUAUUGGUGCUGUGUGUGAUGUUAAUGUACAAGAAUGUGACAGUAACCCAUGUGUUAAUGGUGACUGUGUAGAUGAAAUAAACAGCUACAGUUGUACAUGUUAUCAAGGUUAUACAGGACACAAUUGUGAAACCAGUAUCAAUGACUGCUCCCUGAAUACCUGUAGCAAUGGUACAUGCAUUGAUGGUGUGAAUUCAUCUACCUGUCUCUGUUAUGAUGGAUUUACUGGUGAUAGUUCUUGUGUAGAGAAGACUGAAUGUGAUCCAAAUACUUGUGAACAUGGUGGUCUAUGUAUAGAUUUGAUAGACGACUUCAUCUGUAACUGUUCUGGUACAGGUCAUGUUGGAAAGAAUUGCAGUAUGUUACCUGAGAGAUGUUAUAAUGGAUCUUGCUUAAAUGAUGGAGUUUGUCAUCCACAUGUCAAUGGUUAUAGCUGUUCCUGUGCUCAAGGGUAUACAGGAGAAUACUGUCAGAUCAACAUUGAUGAAUGUCAAGGCAACUAUUGUAGAAAUCAAGCUGUCUGUGUGGAUGGGGUCAACUCUUAUACUUGUCUUUGCCAGCCAGGUUACAAUGGUUCCCAGUGUAAUUACAACACUAUGUGUGAUACCAGUCCUUGUGUGAAUGGAGCAUCAUGUCAGACUACACUGACUGGUUUUAUGUGUAAUUGUUCACUAGGUUACUCUGGUGUAUUGUGUGAAGUAAACAUAGACGAAUGUAAACAGAAUAAUUGUAAUCCUGAAACAUCACAGUGUGUAGACCAGAUAAAUAGUUACACCUGUAAUUGUCUACCUGGAUGGACAGGUGAAUUUUGUGAUGAGCCUACAAAUGAAUGUCUAUCAAGUCCAUGUGCUCAUAGCAGUCAGUGUUUUGAUCAUGAAAACCAGUUCUCCUGUUCUUGUGUUGAUGGAUAUACUGGUCACAACUGUUCAACCCAGGUUAUUGGGUGUGAUUCACAUCCCUGUUACAAUGACGGCCAGUGUUUAGACCUAGUAAAUGGCUAUAAAUGUACAUGUAAGGGGAGUUUUACUGGAAAUCAGUGUGAGAACCAUAUAGACCUGUGUGUCGGAUAUCCUUGUUUACACAAUGGUACAUGUCAAGAACUGGUGAACACCUUUAUAUGCAAAUGUGAAGUUGGAUGGACGGGCAGUAGAUGUGAAUCAUUGAUAGAUAACUGUGUUAGCUUACCAUGUUACAACAAUGCUGUCUGCAUCAAUGGUAUCAACCAAUACACUUGUGUUUGCAAACCAGGUUAUACUGGAAGUCACUGUCAGCUGGACAUUGAUGAAUGUCUUACAGAUCCAUGUCUUCAUGAAGGAGUUUGUACAAAUCUGAUUGGUGGAUAUUAUUGCACAUGCCCAGAUGGGUAUACUGGAACAGAUUGUGCUGACCUUGAUAUUCCAUGUCCUUCAUGUCAGAAUGGGGCUAUUGAUUGUUUUAAUGGAGAAUGUGUCUGCCUACCAGGCUUUAUUGGUCCUGAUUGUGGUAAAGAGGUAAACCCUGACUUUGAUUUGUAUUUCCAUGGUAACAAUAGGAUAGAUACAGGUGUUAAAAGAAUAAAGAAUAGAAACCAGUUUAGUGUGUGUCUAUGGUACAAGGCUUUUGGUCUGGUGUCAUCUAUGCCUGUUCUAACUCUAGUGGCUGUAAAUGGUAUUAGGGAAGAUGAUGUUUUAAGUAUAUACAGUGACCGUAUACACCUGUCCUACUUCAGACAGACAGAGUUCAACAUAUCAGUGACACCAGGAUCAUGGAAUCAUUUAUGUGUAACUUGGGAUAGCCAUGAUAGUGGACACUGGUCAGUUUAUAUUAAUGGUUGGAUACAGGUAGAGGGCAAUGAAUUUGGUAAUGGUCAAGAACUUCCACAAAGACAAAAACUUGUAUUUGGACAAGCUACAGAAAAUCCUAACAGUACAUUUCAUGGUAUGAUUAGUCAGGUGAAUUUGUAUGAUACUGUACUGAAUGAGUCUGAGAUUACAAAUGGAGGUAAAAACUGCUCUAUCAGUAUGCCAGUAGGGUCAGUAUUUAGGUGGCAAGAAUUUACCAGCUUUAUCAGCACAGAAACUGCAGGUGUGAAUGUGAUUGAACCAUCUCUAUGUGGAAGUGAGGAAUGUCCCUUAAGUUAUGAAGGGGAAUGGUGUAAUACAACUGAAGAUACGGAGGCACCAACAGUAAUAUACUGUCCAGAAUAUAUACAAGUUGUUACUGCUAACAGACUUAAUAUUGUGAAUUGGACAGAGCCUCAGUUUAGAGAUAAUGUAGGGAUCAUCAAUGUAGUACAGACACACAGAUCAGGUCAAGUGUUUGCCUAUGGAGAGUAUGAUGUAAUGUAUAUUGCCUAUGACUCAGAGAAUAACACAGCUAUCUGUAGUUUUACCGUGUAUGUUAUACCAUUUAAUUGUUCCUUGCCUGCACCACCAUCUAAUGUGAUCUUGACAUGCUCUAGCUGGUCGGAGGGUUUACAAUGUUCUGUCAAAUGUCAAAAUCCCAAAGUUCAGAGCUUUGUAGAGGAAGUACCACCAUUUUAUAAAUGUGGUCGUGAAGGAUUCUGGGACCCACCCAGAGGGAGAGAAUUUAACUUCCCUACUUGCGCUGAAUCUUCCUCCCCUGACGGAACAAUAAAAGGAGAGUUAGUAUAUCUAGGACCUCCCUGCACACUCAGUUCUAAACAGAUACUUAAUGAGAGCUUUGUUAAAAAUAUGAACAAUUGGAACAUGGAAUUUGGACUGUGUCCGGAGAUUGGUUGUAAUUUUUCCAACAUAACUAUAUUAUGUAUGUCAUCAGGAAAAAGACGGAAAAGAUCAACAAAAUCUACAUAUAAUGUUACAUUUGACAUUCCAGUAAAUGGGAGCUUAAUGAGUGAUGGGGUAAAUGCCUUGCCAUUGACCCAGUUAGAGACCAUGAUUAAGAAUGAGGAAUUCAACACAGAUGAUUUCUCCUGUGAUGCAGAGAAACUAGUGGUUAAACCAUACAUCAAAUGUCAGAUAGGACAGAUUCUUCUUGACACAACCUGUGUGAAUUGUAUUAGAGGAACAUAUUAUGACAACACCAAUGAAGUAUGUGGAGUAUGUCCUAGGGGUCAGUAUACAGACCAGGAUAGGCAGACAUCAUGUAAAUCAUGUGAUGCAGGACACACAACAGAAAGUUCAGGGACAACCAGUGCAACACUUUGUUAUAAAUCUUGUACCAUUGGAAAUUUUUAUGACAAGACACUCUCAGACUGUAAACCCUGUGAGAGAGGCUACUACCAAGAUGAAACAGGAAAGACAACUUGUAAAUCAUGUGGAAAUGGGCAGACAACUGAGAAUACAGGAUCUACUUCAGUGACAUACUGCCAAAAUUCCUGCAGAGCUGGUACAGAGUUGUCAGUGUCAGGUACAUGUGAACUUUGUGCUCAAGGUACAUAUAAAUCUGAUGACAGUCAGGACACUUGCCAGCCUUGUCCUUAUGGUUAUAGUACACACAAUAAAGGUGCAACAUCAGUUCAACAAUGUUCAGUUGUUUCCUGUCCACCAGAUUAUAAAUAUGACAGUACAACAGAGAAAUGUGUAGUUUGUCCUCCAGGUUACCAUCAACCUUAUCAAGGUCAAAGCUACUGUAUACCCUGCACUAAAUUUGAUAAGGAUAUAAGAAAAUGUUCCACUGGUGAGAUAGAUGAAUGUGCUAUACAUCAGGAUAACUGUGAUGAUAAUGCUGAGUGUACUGAUACUACAGACUCGUUUGAAUGUCAAUGUAAAUUUGGCUUCAAGGGAAAUGGAACAACAUGUAUUGAUAAAUGUAUUGGAGCAUGUUAUGGAUACAAUGCUUGUAUCAUUGACAACAGUGGUGAACCUCAGUGUAAACAAGAUACCUCAGAUACAUUCCCAUUGAUAGCUGUGGCAGGCGGAGGAGCAUCAUUUGUAUUGAUAAUAAUCCUGAUGAUUGUAAUUGGUGUCUGUAGAAGAAGGUCUAACCAAAAGAAAAGAAAAGAAACACCCCAUAACUACCAACAUAUGGACAGAGUUCACCGUGAAUUGGAGGUGGUUACUUAUCCAAGAGGUUUACCAAGAACAGUACAAUUCAGAAAUAAUCCUGCUUAUUCAGACUCAGAUCUGUCUGAUCCAACUGCAUACCAUAGAGGACAAGCAUCAGCCCCAAUAUGGGCGAGACCAGUCUUCCCUGACCAUGAGGACUUAUCCAAGUAUAGUGAAACAUCAUUGAAAAGACCACUUAGACUAAGAAUAACCCAGGAGAUGAAAAAUGAGCAACAAUUUGAGAUUGAAAGUAACAAGAGUUGGCAUGAUUCAUCACCUGGGUCUAGUCUGAGUCAAUACCGAGAUGAUACACACCACUCCUCCCCUAACUCAAGUAUAAGUAAAUAUAGAGUGGACUCUAAUCCUAAGGACUCCUCUCCAAGCUCAAGUAUUAGCCAGUACAAGGAGGACUCACUUCAUAAGAAUGAUAGUCCUAUAUCUAACAAGAGUGACUUCUCAGAUUCUUUUUUCUGAAUAGGGAAACGAGAAUAACAACUUCAGAAAUAAUCCAGUUGAUGAGUCAGCCAAUUGUUAGCUGAUUUGAAACACAAUGUGUUUUCUCAAAGUAAUUUCUUACCAGACAAGAAAUGGAAAACAUUAUUCAUGUAAGGAACAGAUGGUUCCGAAAUGACAAUAUAAGAAACUCCAAAUUAAACCAAGAAGAGACAGUUUUCAUUAAAAAAUCAAACGAAACAGAAUUAAGAGACUGGUGAAAUAUAAAAGGAAGAUUACUUUUAUCAGAAAAUAAGCUGAUAAUGAAAUGUUGAACAAAAAUCACGCCACAUAAUCUAUUAGGUAAAAACUGUUUCAUAAAACCUAUGGCCUCAGUCAAACAUUUAUUUUGAAAUGAAACUGAAAAAAUGUGAUUUUGCUUGCCAAUUAAUCAACAAAUGCAAUUUCAAAAUAUGAAGAAAAGAGAGAUUGUGAAAAUGUUUGUUUCCAACAAACAUACAUGACUCAACAGAGCUACUGUACAUACAUGACUCAACAGAGCUACU